AUGAAUGAAAAAAAUCCCAAUUUCAGCAAUAAUAAUUUUUCUGGCUCCUUAAAAGCCUUAAAAAAUUGUAGAGAGUUAGAGUAUGUGUGUAUUGGUUACCAAACUAAUAUAAAAGGAGGUUUAGAAUAUUUACCUAUUGAGAAAUUAACUUAUUUUGCCCAUCCCGAGUUAAUGGCAAAAGUGAAGCAUCCCGAUAAAGAAAAAGUAAUUAUGGAAUUAGAAGAAGAAAUUACUGAAAAAGAUAAAUUGGUCAAUGAAUUAGAACUAAAAAUAGCAGAUACUAAAAAAGAAUUAGAAAAUGUUAAGACUAACGAAGCCGAGAAAACUGAAAAAAUUGCUCGCCUAGAAAGCAAAUUAAAAGAGUUAGAGAAAGCAAAACAAAAUUUAGAGAAUGAGUUAAAAAUCGAAAGAGACCAUGCCAAAGACUUAGACGAAUGA